AUGAAGGUCAAGGUCACGGACAAGAGGGUUCUGCGAGUGGCCAGGCUCGACGCCGCUGACACUCGCACCUGCAUGCCCACUGGCAGGGUCCGAGCAUCCAACAAGGCUCCGAUGUUGGCUCGAUUUCUCGCCUCACACGAUCCACCCCCAGCCAACGAGGCUCUCGCUCGCCCGGCUCCCCCCGGGUUUGCCGGCCGUGUCAAGGAGGAGUGGGAGGGACUGGUCGUUGUCGACCCCUUGGCAAAGGAGCUGGAGGACAUGAUGCGAAAGGCUAAACUGUGA